CCAUGGUGAAAGUUUUUCGGAAAGUGUCCCGGAGGCAGCGACGCUGGGGAAGGCGGCCCCCCGUCACCGGCUCAGACACAGUACACACACAGCCCUGAUGGCGACCUCACAUGACUAGAAUGACAAAGACAGUCUUUAUGAUGCAAGCACUCACAGUGAGACUCCAUCAUUUGACAGGAAGAGAGAGUCCUGGCAGGUAUCUACAUAUCAGCCAACACCUUCUGAAUCAUCCCAGAUGAGGCACUGAAUCACCUUAAAGACACACUCGCCUUAGUGGCAAAUCUUUAAUCUGAAGCACAAUCUCCACUGUUCGAUUUGACACACAGCCUAAACCAAUAGUUCUGUCUACUACUAAGGAACUGCUUCAUUGUAACAGAGAUGAAGAAGGAAUCUAUUCAAAGUGUGAUUUUGCUUAAGUGUUUUGUUUUUAACCUUGGAACAAUCAAGAUAGUUGAGGGGAAAUUCAGCCGCACCGAUCCAAUGCUUUCCAGCAUCCACCGUAUUCUACUUUUAGAAAUAACCAGAAGUUUUGUUAGAAAUCAUUUUGUUUCUGUUGGAUCUGACACGAUGACACAAAAGUUGCAAUAACAUGGCUGGGAGAUUAAUUGUUAGACAUACCUCAUACUAAAGCAGUGUCAGAAGACUGAAGUUUGAUCACAGGUGAUUCUGAUGGGAUGCCAUGCAUAUUGGAAUACAAAAUGAAAUGGAAAGUGAAAUUGCUCAGGAUUUCUGUAAAAUGCCUUCACAGCGUGCCACUGUCAGUAAUGCUGAAUACAAGGUGGUACCUCACACAAGAGUUGAUGAUGAAUUUGCUAUUCGGCAAAUCUAUAACUUUGGCCAAAAGUUGGGACAAGGCAGCUAUGGGGUAGUGAUUGAGGCCACGCAUAAUGGGACUGGCAAGAAGUGGGCAAUCAAAAAGGUCAAUCGGGAAAAGGCCGGGAGUUCGGGGGUGAAGCUGCUGGAGCGAGAAGUCAGUAUUUUAAAGCAGGUGGACCAUGAACAUAUCAUUCAUCUGGAAGAGGUGUUUGAAACACCCAGACGGGUAUACUUGGUGACAGAGGUGUGUGAGGGCGGAGAACUAAGUACAAUCCUUCAUAGAAAAAAACGCUUAAGUGAAAAAGAGACGAGACAUGUGAUUCAAAGCCUAGCAAGUGCAAUUGCUUACCUACAUAAAAAUGAUAUUGUCCAUCGGGAUCUAAAACUGGAAAACAUCUUGGUUAAAAACAAUGAAAGUGACAGUGAAAUUGACAUGAAACUGAACAUCAAGGUAACAGAUUUUGGACUUUCUGUACAGAAAGGGGGUGUUGGUAGUGACAAAAUGUUGCAGGCAACCUGUGGAACACCCUUGUAUAUGGCUCCAGAAGUUCUCAGUGCCCAUCAGUAUACCCAACAGUGUGACACGUGGAGCAUUGGUGUCAUUAUGUAUACAUUGCUUUCGGGAGAUCCACCAUUUGUGGCCAACUCGGAAGAAAAACUUGCUGAGUUGGUAAACAAAGGAGAACUGCACUUUGAUGAUUCAAUCUUGCAGGAAAUUAGUGAUGGUGCCAAAGAUGUGUUGUCUCGUCUUUUAAAAGUGGAUCCUGCCCAUAGAAUCACAGCCAAUGAGCUUCUUGACAACCCAUGGGUCACGGGUGAUACUACAGCCAUACAAAGACCACCAAAUGUGCUUGAAAUGAUGAAACAGUGGAGAGAUGACCUGGAUGGAGAUGAAGAAGAAUCAAGUAAAAGUUCUGUAUCAAGUGGUAUUUUUCACAACUUGGAAACUAGCCAGGAUGGUGAGGAGAGUUCUCCCAGCAGCAAUGGCACAUCAAAUAGUUCCAGAGAAAUUGACGUUGGUAGUAACCAUCCUCGCUCUCCAUCUAAACAGAGCACGACGAAGAAUACCAUUGCAAGUUUUUCUGUUGAUGGAUCAUUUCCUGUGAAGAAAACCAACAAAUUCAGCAGCAAUCCUCCUGGGAGCAGCAAGUCUUCUCAAAAACUAAGCAUGACACGAACACCAUUCCAAGAUAAGCGAACAUGGUCACCCACGCAUUUGAUCCCAUCAAUCAGAUCAGGUUCUGUCUCUGGUAAACCAGAGGUACAUAGAUCCGUAACUCCAACCGGUGAUGCCUGUGGAUAUAAAUACACAACUAAGUCUGCUCCGAAAACCAAGAAAAGCACAUAGGAUAAGGAACAUCGAAACCACUAAACUUCAAAAUGAUUCCAAACACUAUCGCUUCAAAAAGGAACCAUGGAUUGCAAUGUUACAAGAUGACUUUGGCUCUCUGUCUUUGCUGCUGACCAUUAUGUGUGCAUAAAGGCUUUUCCUAAAUCUUUGACCUAUAUAUUUCACUUGGUACUAUAUAAAAUCCAAACGGAAAGAAUUAACAAGAAAACUGUUCACCAAUUAGCUUUCUUUAAGUAUUUAUUAAUACAGUGCUGAUGGAAGACUCAUAAAUUAUCUUGCUUAGAAUUACCAGUACUGUUAAAAAUCAGAAGUAGUAUAUUUAAGGUGUCUGAAUUUGUCAUGGAAGAAUUUGUUGCAUUUGCACAUUGAAUCUAAUGUCAUUGCUUAUUUAUUUAGUUGCUACUUGGAGGCUGCAGUAACCCUAAAAGAGCCAAUCAAUGAGUCGUCCACAGUGAGAAUUAGAACAUCUCUUUACAAUUAAUUGACCAGGCAUGAAGCAAUUUGUCCAUUUUCACCCUUACAUAGCAGCCCAUACAGUCACUAUAACAUUGUCACUUUUAACAUACAAAUCGAGUGAUUGCAGUGUUAUUUUCACAAGUUGUAAAUUUAGCAAUUUUAUACUGAGUUCUGCAAAGCAAGGUUAGAAACAUGUAAAAUAUGUUAGAUGUAUAUGACCACUUAUUUACACAAGAAGUAUUACUGUAAAAAUGUACUUUACAUGGCUAACUUCAAUGAGCUUGAAUCUGGUUAUAUCUGAGCUAUGCAUAAAACAUUUUCUGUUGUUCUGUUAAAAUAUAUUGAGUUGGCCUCACAUGUACUGUCACAUGACAUCAUGUACCAGGAAUCCUGGGGCAUGUUAACUUGUGCAUGUUCCAUCUAAAUAACUAGGAAGAUAAUGGUAUCAGUUCUUGACUUAAGUUUUCUAUAGCACAUACAGGGCUUUUAAAAGCAGAUGUUUUCUUUUCAGUUGGAAAAUAAAUAUUACCACCUUUGAAUGAAAACGUGCAGAGACGUGAUUUUUUUUCAUCUCUCAGUAAUUUUUCUGUAAUUUUACAUGAGCUGGUUUGAUAUCUAAGCUUUCCUUUCUAAAGUAUUCCUUUGAGAACCAGUUUUAAAGUGUCCAGAAGUUGUUCUACUAGUUAUAAAUGGUACACGAACAAGUCCAUAGCACAAUAUUGACAUUAUUACUAAAAUUUUGACACAUCCCUGCCUUGAGGUUUCGGAAGCUCAGAUGUGCCGUAAACAUGUUAGCUUUAAAGUUAAAUUGUCUUUACAUAACCUACAUUCCGUACUUAAUGUUCAUGUUUCUUGUGUUGCUGCCAUCCAUCUGGCUCCAUUUCUGAUCAUGUUUCUGAUGUGAUUUCAUCAUGCCAUUUCACUUAUCCAGAUCUUAGUUGACUGAGUUGCCAUUACAAACAUGGCUGAACACAAUUACCCAAAUAAGUGUGUAGUAAAAUAUUUCAAUUAUUCUAAUUUAAAUGGUGGAUGACAUUUGAAGUUAAGCAUUUUGCCAAACGUAAACAGGUGAUUCAGUGAAGUAUGCCAAUGAAACACAAAGUGUCACAUGGAAGUAAAUUUGUGUGAUUCAAGUGGGGUUUUGGGCAUCCAGAACAAAUGAGACAGCUAUCAAAAUUGUCAUCACUAUAUCAUAUAGAUUAGUAAUUUAGACAUAUGCAUAGGCAUGUCCCCUUGGAAAUAGUUGGAAAAUAAUAUAUUGUGAACUAAAAAAGUUACGUGUUGCUACUGUGAUUUCAAACUUCUAGCUUUGUAAAACAAUGCUCAUUCUUAUUUUGGAAUAAGUUACCAAUGUGUGAAGUUUCAAUUCCAAGUGUAAAUAUUCUGAUUUAAAUAACAUUGCUAUUAUCUAAUACUGUAUUGCAUCUUUUAUAAAGGUUAGUCUACAAGUUUUCACUUACAGGUUAACCUUAUUAAGAGCUAACAUCCACAAUGAA